AUGGAGAAACUGGCGGAGGGGGAGCUGAAGAUGGAGCUCCGAAGGUUGGCAGACGCGAUUGCCGGCGGAGAGCCGUCUAUGGACGAUGCUGCUGCGGCGGAGGCCUUGGAUAGGGCGUCCAUGGUUCUGUCUGCGCUGAGGGAGCACAAAUUCGGCUGCCAGAGGAAGGGGGGCGGUGUCGGCGUCAGCGGCAAAGGGAUGAGGUCGUCGAUCUCGCCUCAGCAGAGAAAGCCGUCCCCGGCAGCCGGCAAGGGCGCCGUACCUGAGCAUUUUCUCUGCCCCAUCUCCUCCGAGAUAAUGAAGGAACCUGUCGUCCUCGCCACAGGGGAGGUAUGGUUCGGUCUUAUCACUUCCGUAGUCGACACUUUUCCCUCUUUCCGAUCCUACGAGCAAUUGGAAUUAGUCUUCUAGUUGUUCUUCUUCGACUUCCUUACACAUUCGAUCGACGCUAUUUCGCUGAGGGUUUCGUCGAAGUAGACUCCGGAAAGUUGUAUGCUCAAGAAUUGGUGUUCAGUUCGUACAGAAGAUGAGCAAGCUGUACAGUGGAAGCACAGAGUCCGAUCCAGAGGGAUUCCUUUCUUGUUUCUUCCUCAUUCUUGGAUGGAUGUUAUUUAUUCGGUUUUUUCUGGCAAUUUUUUUUCUGCGCAGACGUACGACCGUCCUUUCAUUCAGGCUUGGCUCAACGCCGGCCACCGGACUUGCCCGCGGACAGAGCAGGUGCUUGUUCACUGCUUCCUCACACCGAACCACAUCCUCCGCCGCAUGAUCUCCGAAUGGUGCGAUUCCCACGGCGUGGAUCUUCCCCCGAGGGACACUCUCGACGGCGGCGACGACGCCGCCAGCGUCGUCACCCAAGGUGAACGCGUUGAGCUCUGCGGUCUCCUGGAGAAGAUUUCCUUCCCCUCCGUCUCGGAGCAGAAGAACGCGGUGAGGGAGCUCCGUCUGCUCACUAAGCGCAGACCAUCCUUCCGCACACUCCUCGGUGAGAAUCCCGACGCCAUCCCCCGCCUCCUAUCUCUGCUGUCCUCUUCCGAGCUCCGCCAGCACCCGGAGAUGCAGGAGGACGUCGUCACCACCAUCCUCAACAUCUCCAUCCACGACAACAACAAGAAGGUCGUUGGGGAGAACCCCCAGGCCAUCCCCUUGCUCAUCGACGCCCUGAGGACGGGGAACAUGGAGACUCGCAGCAACGCUGCCGCCGCUCUGUUCACCCUCUCGGCGCUCGACUCCAACAAGCUCAGGAUCGGGGAAUCGGGGGCGAUUGGCCCCCUGGUAAAGCUGCUCGAGGAGGGUAGCCCAGUGGCCAAGAAGGAUGCCGCGUCCGCCAUCUUCAACCUCUGCGUGGCCCACGACAACAGGAGCCGGGCCGUGAAGGAGGGAGCGGUGCGGGUGCUGUUGAAGACCGUCACGGAGCAGACUCUCGUCGACGAGUCCCUGGCCAUCCUAGCGAUGCUGGCAGGGAACCAGGAGGCGGUGGAGGAUAUGGGUUCCAACGGUGGGGUGCCCUCUCUCCUGGGGAUCAUCAAGGAGAGCACAUGCGGCCGAAACAGGGAGAAUUCCGCUGUGGUCCUCCACUCCAUCUGCAUCAACGACCGGACGAAGCUUCGGGAGGUCAGGGAGGAAGAGGACCUCAACGGCACCAUCUCGCAGCUCGCCCAGAACGGGACCUCGAGGGCACGCAGGAAGGCGGCGGGGAUACUGGAGAGGAUGAACCGGACGAGGGGCGUGGCGCAUUCUGUCUAA